AGCGCCCAUCCCACCAGUAGCUGGCCUCAGUAAACUACGGUAUCAGACUCAUUACAGUACUCCUUGGGUUUUUUCCAAACUCUGUAAACCUGAGGUGGUCUGUCAGUAAUCGUAGAUGCUCUGUAUCAGGGUAAAAUGGCUGGACAUGAUGGAAAACAGGUUUCUGGUGGUGGAAGAUGUGACAACGCCCUGUGGCGUCUGGCGGGUGAGCUUGGACAAAGCUGGAAGCCUGUUGGUCGGCACCUGGGAUACAGCGAAGCGGGGAUUGAGAACCUGGUCCAGGAUUAUUCUGCCAAUGCUCACGAGAGGGCGUACCAAAUGCUGCUGGGAUGGAAGAACACCACAGACCCAUCUGUGCGCAACGAGCAACUGCGCGGGGCAGUUAAGGACGCAGAGCGGCUGGAUCUUUUGCCUUCCGUCAUGAAUGUUACAGGCUGUGGUCCAUCUCCCGGAGGUGUCAGUGGGAGUGCAGAACUCAACAAGCAGUAUUUUGUCAAGAAACUGAAGAACUUUGUCCGUUCUAAGAUGAGCAAGCUUCCUCUUGUGCCAUGGAUUACCACCGGAUGCGUUCAUGUCGACCAGGUUUUCACUCAGGUUCAGCUGCUCAUCAGCAUCAUGUCUGCGUAUUUCCCUAUCCGAGUUCCCCUCAAGUCGCACAACGCCAUUUUCACGGACUUGACGGGAGAAGGAGACACUCGCAUCGAUUUCUGUGGCACGCGUAUACUCAUGCGGGGCCGGACUGGCAGCGGGAAAACAACCUUGUUGACCAAGUACGCCUACGAUUGGAGUACAGACAAGCCUGAGGCAUUGCUACGUAACGUCGACGUCGUGCUUGUGCUGCCCAUGCGCAAGGUUGAUCAACACAGCAAUCUUGGUCAGGCAGUGCUAGAUCACAUGCUUCCAAAUGAGCGUCGCAUCACCCCAGCUGCAAUUGAGCAGUACUGUGAAGACCACCCCGAAGAAGUGGUCAUCCUCCUGGAUGGAUACGAUGAGUUCAAGGGAAAAGGUCUUGACCAAGAAGAUUGUGGUAACAUUGUGAAGAUGCUCAGAGGUGAAUGGCUGACUGAAUGUCGUGUUGUUGUUACCACUCGGCCAGGGCGUGUGGGGGAUUUCAAGGACGACUAUGAGAGCUACCGUCACCUGGAGAUAACAGGUUUUACGACCAAAGACAUCGAUGACUACGUUCACAAAGUUUUUGAGGGUGAGAACAAACUAUUGGGGAAUAAGUUGCUGGCCUACCUCGAAGAAAAUCAUUUGAAAGAAGACCUGGCAUCCAUUCCACUUAUGUUGACUGCGUUCUGUCAGCUGACCAAAUGGACAGAUGGACAGGAUUUCAAAGACUUAAAUACUAUCAGCAAAUUGUUUGACAGACUGAUUGAAUGCAUGUUUAAACAUGCAAACAUGAAAAUUAGCACAGACUGUUCGGUGUCGAGAGCCACUGCUGUAGGUUUAGCAGACCCAGACCAAUUAGUUCUUGAGCUUGGAAAGGUCGCUCUUGAGGGGUUUCUCGGUGGUAUUUCAGAGGAGCUGAUAUUCUCAGAAGAGGACUUUACCCGUUGUUCCGAUAACGUGCAAGUCAUUGAGCAAGGCUUGCGAGUAGGUUUUCUUUCAAGGGACGUAGAUUCGAGAAUUCGACCGCAGAAAUUUGAGGAACUCCAGCUGGAAGGACAGAAACCGUCACCCAGGCGAGACAUUUCCUUCAUCCUGAAGAGCAUUCAGGAAAAGUGCGCCGGGAAGUAUCUGGCACAUUUGCUGGAGACUGGUGACGAAGACUCUUUCACAAAUUACCUUCAAAAGGUUGACAAUGAUCAGCGAGUCUUGGACUACACCAACAUCCUUGUCUUUGCCAGCGCUUCUAACAUAGAGGCCGCUCGCCGUAUUGUUUCGCACGUGAUCCUUAUGCUCAGGAGCACACAAAAUGAAAACAUCUCACAGUACUUGACCGCGAAACUGCACUUCAAGCACUGUCAGAAAACACAACGGCUGAUCGAAACAUGCCUACAGUUAAACUUCGAGAGCAACAGUAAAGGUCAGUUCAACCAUCUGUUUGACUCUCUCUUUGGUGACAACUGCUGUGUUCGUCUUGUUGGGAUAUCUACGUAUGUGGCUAAAGCUCUAGGCUACCUCUUUCGCCAUGGCUAUCAACGUCUUACCCCUCAAGAGGCAAGUGGAGAUUACGGCCCGCCCGAAGUAAAGCAAGCGCUAUCCGUCAAGAGUCUACAAUUGAUCUGCAUCAAGUUAGAGAUCAGUAACCAGUUCCGCGAAUUUCUGAACUGCUAUCCUGGUACCGAGGAAGAAAUCAGCAACUUCAUGAGAGACAGUUUGAAGUCUGAGGGACAGACCAACAUUUCCAAGAUCCUACAUCAAUUGGAGACAAGUGAGCAGAAGAUUCCAAGCUAUUUUGGUCAUCGCUCAGACUUGACUUUCUCCGCCGUUUUCCCCAUCUGGCAGGAAUUGAAUAAGCAUCAAGUGCAGGAUUUCAGUUUGAGCUUUGUCCUGUCUGGGUUGAAGGAGUCUUCAUUGGACGAACUGGUCUUGAACGGAGUGACUGCAGAAUGCCCAGACUGGAGUGUUUUGUUUAAGAUGAUACAUGACGGUUUAUUCGCCCAGAUGACGAAGCUUACGCUAAGUUUGAAUGGUCUCACAUUCCAGCAAACAGCUGAGCUUGCGGCUGUCCUGGUGGCGACGCCAAAUCUGAAAGAACUAAAGAUAUCUGGAAAUGAGUUGGGGGAAGGGUUCGUUGAAAACCUUCCCGAGCUGCCUGAGCUCACAAGUGUCGUCUUGGACAAUUUGAAUUUGUCGUCCGGAGCGAUGAUUGAAUUCACGAAGAAAAUGAAGCAGUACCCUCACCUCCAGAAGCUAGAUUUGCGAUGGAAUGAGAACAUCGACGAUGACGUCAUUCACUCUAUUUGUGGCAGUCUCCUCUGCCAGCAAACCUGGAAGGAAUUAAGACUUUCGCUGUACAGGGUAAGUGAGGCUGGACUCGACAAUUUCCAGAGAUCAAUCGGCCUGGCUAAAGAAUUGACCCAUCUUAAUUUGGUGCACUCUCCAAUCCCAGACAAAGUGAUUCAGUACUGCGCCCCAGCGUUAUCAGGCCUAAAACAGUUGGUUGAUUUGAGAAUAUCGGGAAUCCCAUCAUCCACCUCCCAAGAAGGCUCACCGUGCACUGAGCAGACCGUGGAGGCAUUCACGAGUGAAAUGCACAAGCUGCAACAUCUGAAAUUUCUAAGCAUCCUCUAUACGAAGAUGGAACCAGAAGCUUUCAUUUGCAUGCUCAACAGUUGUCGUAAGCAUCCUUCUCUCAAGACAUUCAGGUUUUCUCGCGUCUGUUUACCGUUGGGUUCUGACGUCGGAGCAGCGUGCAAGGAAGCAGAAACUACCUUUUUACGACUGUGGGUGUAAUCGCUACUCGACAAUACAAGCGACAGCAGAGGUUAGGCGAAGACUUUUAAUGUAACGCUCAAAAAGUCAGCGGGGGAGCGGACUGCACCCCCAGAACUCGGCUGUGUCAUGUAAAGACACGAAUGUGGAGUUGAAGUCAAUUUGGGAUUUCGUUGUGUUACUGUCAUUUGAAGUUCAAGGCUACAGGGGUGCCACGGCGUGGGAAUUGAGCACCGUAGUGGUAAUGUGGGUAGAUAACAUAAACCAAACCGAGAUAUUAUUGCUAAUUGUAACAGAAGUGGGGCUCAUGUGAAUCAACAGGCGGUAUCAUCUGUUAGGUUUGAAUUACAUCUUUAAAAUGAUACGGUCAUCAUAUCAAUACGUUCACGGUUGACUGAGCAGUGACCAAUUUUAGGGUCUAUUUAGGGAAUUGCGCCACUUCUCGCGCCACUCUUGCGUCAGUUUUGUCACAGGGUGAAAGGCAAAGUUAAAGAUAGGUUUGAGCUGGUUCCUUCACGCUGAUACUUGCGAACAUCGUGCCAAGUCGUCGUCUUGGCCAGCAGAGGACCCGCCUGGACAGUUUUCAGCAAAAGCAUCUGCCAAUUCCUCAAGGCUCCCUGUCUGCAACCACUUCGACGCAAAAAAUCGUGCAAUGCUUUUGUGUUGUAAGAAAUUGAAAGCCCCUCCCCACACACUUGUUAAUUUUACUUCAAAUUUCUCUUCACCCACCUGUUAAAUUUACCGCAAGUCUCAUUUCACCCACUUGUUAACUUCACUGCAAGGCUUUCCUCUCCCACUGGUUAAUUUUCAAGUAUAACGUUAUGGUUAAGACCACUGAAUGCCAGUGAAGAAAGUGGCACAAUUCCUUAAAUGGACCCUUGAAUCAAAUAGGUCACUGCUCAGUCAACCAUGGACGUAUCGAUAUGAUCAUGGUGCCAUUUAAAAGAGGAGACUCAAACCUAACAGUUGAUACCUCACUUUGAUUCACAUAAGCCCGACUUCUGUUACAAUUAAUAUCUCGGUUUCGUUUUUUCAAUCCACCGCCAUCGCGCAUUUGGACCGGUAGCAAGUUGCAGUUUAACGUAUGCGAUUAGCUCUGUCAAUUUGGAUGCUGAGUAGGCUUAUUCAAAUUUUUGUCGGGCCGAUAGCAAUGCUUUAUCAUGAAAUACGUUAAGGCAAACAGUACACAAGUACCUAUCCGUCAUAAUCCUCUGUUAAUUACAGUGCGGUAAUUCAUUUUUCAAUGAUUAUCAUCGAUAAAUCAUUUUACGACAAUUUAUUUCAAAUCAGUGGUUAUUGUG